UAUCAAAGCAGACUUCUCUGCGAUGAUCAGUCACCAAGGGAAGACUGUCUUCCCGGUUCCAUGACCUAUGUAGGAUUUUUUUCCGGUCAUGAACCUCACAGAAAGUCCUGUCUUUCUUGUCUCCGCUGAAAGGCAGAGGAAAAUGAAACUGAAAGGAGAAGGAAGCUGAUAGUGAGAAAGGCAAAAGAAGAGCUAAGGCAAACUGCUUACCUGAUCUGAUGAUGACACAUUUAAUCAAACCAGGCACCAAAAUGUUAACACUCCUUCCUGGAGACAGACAGACAAAGGUUUCUUUUAAUCAAAGAAGAGCUCCAUCUACAGGCAUUCACCAGAGAAGCAUUGCUUCCUUCUUCACCUUGCAGCCAGGAAAGACAAAUGCUAGUGACCAGAAGAAUGUUUCACCUCAUACAGAAAGUCAAAUCAAAGAGUCCAAGAAAAAUGCUACCCAGCUAGACUAUCUGAUCCCAGGCUUAGCACAUGAUUGCAUGACAUCCCCUUUAGCCACUUCAACCACUGCAGACAUCCAGGAAGCUGGACUUUCUCCUCAGUCUCUCCAGACUUCUGGCCACCACAGAAUGAAAACCCCAUUUUUGACUGAGCUAUCUUUGCUCCAGCCUGAUACUCUAGACUGUACUGGAGAGAGUAAUACCCCACUGGCUUUAUCCUUCACUGAGGACUUGGAAAGUUCUUGUUUGAUGGACCAAAAGGAAGAAAAAAGGGAUUCUGCCAUGAAAAGGGAAUGGCUUCAUGGAUCUAAGAAAAACUAUAAGGGUAUGGAGAAACAUACCAAACUAUCUGAGGACAAAUGCUGUCAGCCCUUAGGCAAGACUAAACUGGAAAGAAAGGUGUCUGCCAAAGAAAACAGGCAGGCCCCUGUCCUCCUUCAAACCUACGGGGAAUCCUGGAAUGCAGAAAACAUAAAAUUAGUGAAACAAAGCCCUUGUCCUAUUUCUGCGUUUUCCUGGGAUAAUGAAAAGAAUGACAAGGACUCCUGGAGUCAACUUUUCACUGAAGAUUCUGAAGGCCAGCAGGUCAUUGCCCACAACACUAGAGCUCCUUUUCAAGAUGUAACCAAUAACUGGAAUGAGGACUUAGGGCUGUUUCCUAACAGUCCUUGGGCUCAGUGCCAGGAGGAUGGGCCAACUCAAAAUCUGAAGCCUGAUUUGCUCUUUACCCAGGACUCUGAAGGUAAUCAAGUUAUCAGGCACCAAUUCUAAAUGUUAUUAUGAAGUUUUGUUUCUAAAAAUACCCUGAAAUGACAGAGAUGUAGGAAACUAUAGUUGUGGGUGGAGAGAGGAGUGAGCUUGUUUAGUUGGGAAGGUGGCAUGGGAUAAAGCCGUCGUUACCAAGCAUCUUCUGUGUUAAGUAAAGCAGGCAGUACCAUUGUUAAGACA